UAGAAGUAUUAAGAUCUUAUAUAGAGCCAUAAAUCCACCCUCCUCCUCUAUGGAUGCUCUCCAUAGAUCCAUGGUCUUGAUCCACGUGCCUCCACUAAGAUGAAUGAUCGCAGAUUGAUGACGUAACACAGACGUGUGUAUUCAUCGACGGAGUUAUUAUUGUUUUCCUCACGGGUUUAAGUUUAAUUUCCAUUAGCUUUAUAUUCCAAAAUGUCUUUCGAAGAUGCGGACUCCUCAGACCUCGGCCUGAGUGGACCGUCAACGAUGGAGCGCUUCCUUUUCAGCUGCGAGCUGUCCUCUAAAGUACCGUUUUUUACUUUCCAAGGAGAUGAGGAGGAUGACACGGAGCAUUUCCUUGAAUUUAGAACAGUGUGUUUGGGAGAAGGUGCAAAAGAGGAGAGCAACGUGGUGGAGGUGACAGCCAUGAACCACCAAGGAAAGAACAUCUCAGUACCUAUCGCCAACCUUCACAUUAACUGUCUCCCCAUGGUGAGUUUGGGUGAAUUUGAGCUCAAAGCACCAGUGACCAUCCGUCUCAAGGCCGGGACUGGACCAGUAAAUAUUAGUGGACUGCACUUCAUCUCCUCACAGGCUGAGGAGUCAGACCUGUCUGGAGACGAAGAUGAUGAUGAUGAUGAGUUAGAAGAUGAUGAUGAAGAUCUGAGCCCCAUAAAACCAGCAAAAAAGAAACAGAAACUAUAAACUUCACACUUAUGCCAGCUGUUAUUUCUCUUACUUCUCUCAUGCAGCCAUGUGAGUGGUCCGUGGGGCAACACAGCCUCUGUUCUUUAUGUUGGUGUUAACCACCAAUAUUUCAGUGGAAGAGAAGUUUCUCUUUCAAAGACUGUUUUGCUAAGAAAAUAUUUUAAAUAAGCGGUCAUACUGACUGUUAUGGACAAGAUACAAAAGAAGAAGAAAACAUUGACGGAUCUUAUAAAAGUCAAAAAGCAUUUUUUGCCACUUCCACUUCCCUCUGUAUUUGGGAGUAGGAAGUAAAUAGUGUUUUUCUAUUCACAUCAUAAAUAAAAAAAGUCAUUUGGUGUA